AUGCGAACUCAAUCUUCCCACAAGUUUCAACCUUUGGACGUGGGCUGCUUUGCGCCUUUAAAAAAGGCGUGCGGGAGCUUAGUGGAGCAGAAAGCACGCUUAGGAAUCAAUAGUAUUGAUAAACUUGAUUCCCUAGAGGCCUUUCCACAAGUUCGUGAACGCGCUUUUCAAGCAUAUACUAUUCAGAAUAGCUUCGCAGGCGCUGGCCUUAUUCCAUUUGAUCCAGAUAGGGUGCUCAAUCAGCUGAAUAUUGAACUAAAGGCCCCUACACCACCAGGCAGCCGGUCAACCAAUUCAGCCCCAAAAAUACCCUACAAUACUAGGCAGCUGGAGAAGCAGGCAUCUACAGCAAAGAAGCUGCUUAAAACGCCCUACGCACUGGAGGAACAUAGCCUACUGCCACGAGGGCACUUAGGGGGACGCAAGGGCAUCUCCGUCGACCACCUGAUUCAACUACUGAUGGAUGCUAUCUUUGAUGGCUGGGGCCGAGGCCAGAAGGUAAGUAUGCUCCUGUUAGACGUAGCAGGGGCCUUCGACAACGUCUCCCAUACCCGGCUGCUGCACAACCUGAAGAUAGCACGACUAGGGCACUUCGCCGGGUGGCUGGAGUCAUUCCUUUCAGACCGACAGACCCGGCUCCAACUACCUAGCUACCUGAGCCGUAUCAUUUCUACCCCCACGGGAAUCCCCCAGGGGUCCCCUAUCUCCCCGAUCCUUUUCCUUCUCUUCAAUACGCCCCUUAUUCGGGCCCUAACAAUCAAUACCGUUGAGAGUAUGCGCAUCCAGCCACCGAUCUCGGGCAGAACCCUGGCAUUCGGCUGGAUUGACGAUGCCUGUACGAUCGCUCUCUCCGGGUCCUACGCAGCUAAUCAGCGUCUACUGGAGUGGGCACUCGAUAAGGCUGCUGUAUGGUCCUGGCAGCAUUCGUCUAGGUUCGCGCCGGAUAAGUUCGAACUGAUACACUUCCAGAACCCGCUGGACCCCGAUCCCGGGGCCGAGAGGGACACCCCCUGUGAUUACACGGAACCAUGGAAUGGACAGGACCUUACCAGCGCUAACUGGGAGGACGGGAGCGCCUGGGAGGUUCCCGUUGAACCCCCGGGGCACGACCAGCUGCCAAUAAAGGAUCACGCAACGGGCCACGUCAUUCGGCCAGUGGAACACGCUAAAUACCUCGGAAUCUGGCUCGAUAAGACUCUCUCCUUUAUUACCCACUGCGCUAAGGCGGUAGCGAAGGCGAACGGGAGCCUCGAAGCCCUACGGAGCAUCUCUGCGUCCACAUGGGGCACGUCCCUGCUGAACAUGCGGACCAUAUAUCUGGCUGCAGUAGUUCUGCAGAUGCUCUACGGGGUUGCUGCAUGGUAUAGCCCUACCAGCGGGCGUACUAAGUAUGCAAAACGGCAGAAGACUAUCAGCGAAUUCGAACGAAUCCAGACGCGGGCGGCAGUACUUAUUAGCGGAGCAUUCAGAAAUACUGCUUCUGCAGCUCUAGGGGCAGAGAUAUUCCUGCCUCCGGUCCGCCUGCACAUGCAACAGAUGAUUGAGGAGACCGCAAUCCGGAUACAGACCGUACCGGUUAUGGCCUGUCCCCGGGGAUUAGAGUCCCGAAAGGCACACGUGCUCGCCCCGUGGGAACUCCCACUGAACUACGUGAUCGAGGGAGCGGAUAGCGCAGUCCAGGAACACGACAGGAUCUGUCAGGAAAGCCGGAGGCAGAUCUGGUACUCUGACGGCAGCAGCUUUAACGGCCACGUAGGGGGCGCUGCAGUCUCGAUUCGGGCCGGGAAGGUCCGCAAGAAAUACCUAGGAGCCGCGGCUGACUCCACUGUGUACGUGGGAGAGCUAGAGGGGGUCAAAAUGGCCCUGAAGUGGGCAGAGGCUGCCCCGAUCACGGUCUUUUCAGACAGCCAAGCGGCCAUUCAAGCCGUGCAGAACCCUGGCCGACCAUCAGGCCAGUACGUACUACGGGCUAUCUACGAGAGGAUCAGGACCCUGAGAGACAGCGGCCUGCAGCAGGAAGAUAUAGAGCUGCGCUGGAUCCCUGCGCAUAUCGGUAUUGAAGGGAAUGAACGAGCUGAUGAGGCGGCCAAGCGGGCCGCGAUAAAGGGGAUUGAAUUAAGCUCAGCAGGGCCGCGGGAGCUGGCCGCUCGGCCAAUUACCAGGCCUCUGUUCAGAGACUAA